AUGUCCCAGCAUUUGCAAGCGAAAUACGAUGCAAACUACCGCAAGCGGAAGCGGGAACGAGAAGCGGAGGAUAAGCGAAAUAACGGUACAAGCGAAGUACCGAGGCCUGCCAUGCCCAAUGCUGACCGCAUGAGGCUGUACAGGCAGAGAAAGCGACUAGCGACAUCAACCAGCGUGGCAGAUGCUUGCACGGCUGCGGGUGUGGAUUGUGUUGAAAGCAUGCUACAGGGUACCCAAUCGCUUAACGGAAAUACUCCAGCUUCAUCUGGAAGUCAAAAAGACUGCACAGAGGAACAAUGUCAUUAUGAAAUUGUUCCACUUGGUUAUGUGGAGAAUGAGUGUACCCAAAUUCCUCCCAACAGACAGGAAAGUAGCCCAUCUCGCCCUACUCAAGACGGUCAACGUUUUGAAAGAGCUGACUCUGAAUUUUCCAAACGUUUCAUUCAGAACGAAUUUGGUGUUGCAUGUAGCGUGUGUGAUAGACUUUGGUUCACCAACGAUCUAAAGCCGAUCACCGCAAACGCCGGGAGAUUUCUCCUGGAGUCAGGUCAUUUCGAGUCAGUUGAGGGAUUUAUGAUUUGUCAAACAUGUCGAUGCAGCUUGCAGCGUGGUACGGUGCCGAAUCUGUCCACUUCAAAUGGAUUCAGGUAUCCUAGUUAUCCACCGGAUCUUCCGCCUCUUAAUCCGAUUUGCGAAAGACUGAUUUCACCACGACUGCCGUUCAUGCAGAUUCGCCGUCUGCGCCGCGCUCAAGGUAGUUACACGAUUAUUGGUCAGGUGAUCAAUAUACCAGUAGAUGUAGAUGAGAUGGUUCGGGAACUUCCCCGCGAGCUGGAAGAUGAUCACGCUUUUAAUGUGUGUAUCAAGAAACAUUUGGUCCAUAAAUCACAUUAUUUGUCUGGAUUCGUCAAGAAGUCAGAUGUUAAGAAGUGGCUUGAAUUUCUAAUUACCAAGCCUUUGUACCGGCGGGAGGGUAUAGUUCUCAAUCAGCAACGCUUAGAAGCACUCCACACAGAGCCUAGAGCUGCUAUACCUCAGAAUGGAGAAGCGAUCCAACUUGAAGUCAUUGAAGCAAGCAAUGAUACAGAGUUGUUCGCUGGUCAGCAACAAACACUUAUAUGGAACGAGGACAAGUACUUAGAACUUGCACCUGCUCAGAACAGGAGACCAGUGUCUAUCAUUUAUGAUGAGUAUGCUGAGGAGCUUUCUUUUCCGGAUAUUUAUCUUGGAUAUCCUAGGAAAUACAGAGACGGCACUCACGUGACACGAUUUAUGCAGGCUACCAGUGAACUGAGACGACGCGACAGACGUGGAGCUAAGCCAAACCAUUUGUUAUAUAUGGCUAUGAAAAUUCUCCGUCUUCGUGUUGCUGAAGGGUUGCAGCAUUCCUUCAAGUGUAUGAGAACUGCAAACAUAACCCGAGGUCAGCUCAGCGACAAAAGCUUUGUAGAAAGCCUCAUGGAACGAAAUCUGUCCUUUAUGAAGUCGAUUCCAAACUCUGUGCAGUAUUGGUUUCAACGAAAACAGGACCUUUUCGCCAUGAUACGACAACUGGGUAAGCCAACAAUGUUCCUGACAUUAAGUGCUAGUGAAACUCAAUGGCCACUUCUAUUGAAACAACUGCACAAGCUGUCGAAUGAAUAUAGAGGCAUUGAGCUGACUGACCCGUUGCAGGAGCUCAGUGCACUGCAGCGAGCGACGCUCGUCAACGAUGACGCCGUGACAUGCUGCUUAUAUUUCAACAAACUCGUAGAUGUUCUCAUGACCAUUCUGUCUUCAUCGAGAUACAGUCCGUUUGGAGAGCAUUACGUUGUUGACUUCUUCAAGCGCAUCGAAUUCCAACAUCGGGGUAGCCCACAUGCACACAUUAUGCUAUGGCUUGCAAACGAUCCAUGUGAAACUGUUUCCGAGCAUAUGCCUGCUACAAUGGAACUUAUUAGAAAAGUUUGUUCCAUUAGAUCUGUGCACUUGCCAGAAACUAUUCACAAGCAGAUUCAUAAGCAUACGCCUACUUGCUAUAAACGCAAUGAAAAGCGAUGCCGCUUCAAUAUACCGUACUGGCCAAUGAACGAAGAGCGGUCAUUAAUUCCUCUUACGGCUGAGGACGGUCGCCGUGUUCGAUUAAGGAAACGUGCCUCAGAAAUGCGUCAGACUUUGGAAACCAAAGCUUUUGACACUCUAGAGGAAUUUCUUGUUGACUGUGGAUGCACUUAUGAAUAUUAUCUUGAUGUGCUCCGGUCUUCCAUUCAACGACCAACAAUUUUCUUGAAGCGAGCGAUGAAUGAACUCUGGACGAAUCCUUUCAACCCUUGGAUUGCUCAGAAACUUCGCUCCAACACGGAUCUACAGCUUAUACUCGAUGUGUACUCUUGUGCAUGUUACUUGGUUGAUUAUGUCAAUAAGUCAAAUCGAGGCAUAAGUGGUUUGCAUCGGGAGCUUAUCUCUCUUCAGGAACAGUACCCUGACCAGGACUAUACGGCCCUGUUGAAGAAAGUCAGCUUGAAGAUGUUGAACUCUGUAGAGAUGUGUGGACAAGAAGCUGCAUGGUACCUCCUUCGCCUGCCAAUGUCUGAGGCCAGCAGGAAAGUGGAAUUUCUUCCAACAAUGUGGCCUCAUGAGCGAAUCAGGUCCAGAAAGCACAUCAAGCAAAUGGACGAAGAAGGUAUUGCUGAAGACUCAACAGAUGUCUGGACCAAGAACAUCAUCCAGAAAUAUGAAGAGCGCAAUGGCCUGGAAGAUGUUUGUUUGGCUGAUUUCGCAGCGCAAUAUACUCCAAGUAGAGGUACGAAUAAUUACAACAAACGAAAAGUUCCACGAAUACUGAAGUGGCGCGGCUACAGCAUGAAUGAACUGGUUGAGUACAAGCGAGAGUCUGUACUUCUAUUCUUACCGUUCAGAAAUGAGCUGUGUGACAUUGUCGAUGGUAACAAGUUCCUUCAGCUUUAUGAUACGCAUGAAUCAAAUCUCCUGAGAAAACGAAGGGAAUAUGAUUGCGAUCUGAAUCUGGAACAAACUGUCGAAGAAUAUCUUCGUACCUGUGAAAACGAAGAAGCUGGUGAGCAAGAGAGCGCUGCAGCUAGAAAACAUGAUGAGUUUGUGCGGGCGAUUUCCAUGGAGCCCAACGACGAUGAUAUUGAACAAAUACCAACAGGAGCCCUAAGAGCAGUAAUCAGACAGCGAACGAAUGUCAUGUCGAAGCAAGAUUACUGUGCUAUGAUGCGGACUACAAAUGAGGAGCAGCGUAACUUGAUCUUGCAUGUGAUCGAUGUAUUACAUAGCUAUAGCGAAAAUAACAAGUCGUUGCAAAUUUUCUUCACUGGUCCUGCUGGGUGCGGUAAAACGUUCACGUUGCGUAUACUCAUGGAGACGAUCAACCGUUACUGCCAGACUCAUAUUUCCCAGAAGAACGCAUAUGUUGCUUGUGCUUCUACAGGGAAGGCAGCUGUCGCUAUUGGAGGGACUACAGUGCAUUCGGCAUUUCGGAUCACUAUGUCGCGACGGAGCAACUCCAAGCUCAGCUUUGAAAUGCUUCAAAUGUACCGUAAUGCGUUCAAAGAUGUAAAAGCGGUUAUCAUAGAUGAGGUCAGCAUGAUUGGUGCGGAUAUUUUAAACACUAUACAUGCGCGCCUCCAAGAUAUAACCGGAAAUUAUGAAGAUCCAUUCGGUGGAAUAAAUAUUAUAUUCUGCGGUGAUCUGCGGCAACUCCCGCCAGUCAAUGCAAGAUCCGUCUAUAAGCCAACUGGUAAUUCCUUCCACGGUGCUGUUCUAUGGCAAUCGCUUAAAUUCUUCCCACUGGUUAGAGUUAUGCGUCAGACCGAUGUGGAAUUUUCCAGCAUACUCACCAAGAUUGGUAACGGAGAGCAAUUUACGGUCGAAGAAACCAAGCUGAUUGAAAGUCGAUUUCGAACAGCCGAAUGGUGCAAACAAAAUGCACCAAGAGCAAUAAGACUUUAUCAUCGCAAUAUGGAUGUUGAGCAGUACAACAACGAAGCGUUGAAUGGUCAGGAUGCAUUAGACUGUAUUGCCGACGAUAUUUUUGCGGGAUAUAAGGACGCUGGUCAGCUCGCAAGUUCUCGAAUCAAACUUUACAAAAUGAGCUGUGUGGAAACCGGCGGGUUACCAUACUUGCUACGCCUUUCCAUUGGUAUGCCGUACAUGGUAACUACCAAUGUUGAUGUUGAGGAUGGCAUUGUGAACGGGGCCAUAGGAGAACUUAAAUACGUCGAGCAAGACGAAGAUGAUUCUGGGCAGCAAUUUGUGAAGCUCUGGUUUAAAUUCGAGUCUGACGCAAUUGGUGCUGCUGCUAGAAUUAAGUCGAGACCAGCCGUUUAUUCGAGACCUGAUAUUCUGCAAUCCGAUUGGACUCCAAUAUCCAAACGAUCUGCAAACAUCAAACUGAGCGGCAUCAUUAAAUGUAAGCGUAUUCAGUUUCCAGUGGUUAGUGCCUGUGCUUUAACUGUACAUAAGUCACAAGGUGGUACUUUCUCUGAGAUUGUAUAUGACUACGACAAGAGUCAGGAUCAACAGUUGGUGUACGUUGGUUUGUCACGCGUAUCGUCGCUUCAGGGGCUUUAUUUGACAAACUCCAAAAAUUCAUUUAGGUUCUAUCAUGCUAAAGGAAGUAACUCGCCUAAGAUGGUAGACCUAAGGAAUGAAUUGCAGCGCUUAGGCAACCACAAAUUACGUACGCUUGGAGAUGAAUUAUGGGAUGUUGUGAACAGCAGUGGCUCUGCAAGCACAUUGAUGAGCAUCAAUGUACAGAGUUUAAACGCUCACGCAUUGGACAUCUCCACAGACAAAAUUCUGACCAGCGUAGAGUUAUUCGCGCUAAGCGAGACUUGGCAAGAUAAUCAUACUACAGUCGAGAUCGAAGGUUAUAGCUGCAUCAUACAGUUCAAACGUACCGAUACGAGAGCUGGAGGUGUAGCAAUCUACCAAAAAACCACGGCAUCCACUUUGGCUAUACCUCACACGAUCCAACAGUUAAGUGAGGAACGUGAUGAAAUGCUCGGUGUAGCUGACGGAUUUGGAGACAUUUGUGCUGCUAAGGUUAUAGUAAUGAAUACCGAAGUACUGCUAGUGUCGGUAUAUAUUCCACCAGGUACUAGCACUAAUAAUAUAAAGUGGUUUAUGACGCGCAACCUGUUUUGUUAUGCUAAACAGGUUAUACCAAUGGUGGUCACUGGUGACUUCAACAUUGACGUUUCCAAGCCAGAAAACAUAGAGUUUCUCGACUUCAUGGAGAACUACUUAAAUUUGAGGCUAGCAAAUAAUCGAAAUGAGGCUACCACGCUUGGUAGUUCUUGCAUCGAUCUGACGUUUGCUAAACACAUCAGCGUGGAAUAUCCGCACAUGGGCUCACCAAUCAAACCAUCCGGCAAUCACUCAUUUCAAGUCCACAUAACACCAAACCGCCCCGUGUUGGUACGGCUCACCGUAAAGGAGCUACACAGGCCAGUUGUCACGAGUUUCUCGUCACGCUCCACUCGUUCAUCGUCAAGUACGACACGGAGGUUGCGACCUUCUGCCGAAGUCAAGAUCCUGGAGAAAUCACCACGUCAGUCCAGUUGCCCGUUCACCAUUGCCGCCCGCCACCUCGCCGAUGCCAUUUCCGACCACGCCGUAGCCGAUCACCACCCGCCAGUACCCGCUAGUACCCGCCAGUACCCGCCACCACUCGAGUAA